ACGAAUGGAACUUGUGUCAAAUGGAACACGUUCUUCACCCAGUCAACCUUUCAAUGGAAGUUUCUGCCCUGUGCCACCAUCUUAAAUUUUGGUGACGACAGUAUAAACGAAUGGAACUUGUGUCAAAUGGAACACGUUCUUCACCCAGUCGACCUUUCAAUGGAAGUUUCUGCCCCUAGCUACAAUUUUCUGUAAAUAAUUUUAUGAUCCUGGUUUAAGCAAUACUUUUUGAAGCUCUGUUUGUCUCAUUUUCUGUUAAUAAGCAAAUUAAUUUACCAGUAGUGCAGUUUUCUCCAUACUGCUGUCCAUAUACUUCCUACAUGUUACUGAUGAGGAUAACUUGCUUAGCAGUUAAUACCUUUUUAACUCGUUUAUAUUUCUAACAAUGUUUAUUUUGAUUUAGCAGUGGAGUUGAAGGUUUAAUUUUUGAAAUUAAUUUUUUUUGAAUAUUGACUGUGGACAUUACUGGGAGAGAAAAGAUUUAAGAAAGCUCCAACAUUUAUUUAUUAUUAUCCUCUAUGUUCAUUAGGUUUAUAGGCUAAACAAGACAUCUGCUGAAAUUGCAAAAAGGGCUGCUAGAGAAGUAACUGAAGCCACAGGUAUGGUGAAUGAAAAUUUUUCACAUUUUCUUCAAUAUGCGUGUACCAUACUGGGAGCAAAGUAAUGAUUUAAAAGGCAGAAAAUUUUUAUGUCCUAUCAAAUAACCAUUAGUAGAGAUUUCUAUUUGUUGUCUACCAAUAUUUGUCUCUAAUGCAUUCACAUUGCUGACCUCACAAGGUUCUUUCAAAUUUCUGGCAGCUGGUAUUGGUCCCUGGCUGCCCAGGUCUUGAAAUCAAUGCCCCAGCUGGUGUUACAUGAAGAGGCAAUCAGUUUUAGACUCCAUAACAACAGCAACAAAAUUUAUUAAUAAACAGAUAAUAUUACACAUGCAUUGCUCACAGCCAGCAAGGCUAUUUGAGGCGGGGCAAUGCGUGCAAAAUAUGAAAUUAAGACCAAGGCUAACUACCGGUAUAAAGGAAAGUUUACAGUUUGCAAAUAAAUGAAAUAAAAAUUGUAAUAUGGAUUCAUAAGGUCUAGAUAACGCAAUAAAGAAGAAAGAAUUGAACAAAUAAUUUGUAAAAGUAAAAACUAAUUAGCAAGAAUUUGUUUUUCAACAUUUUUGGCUAAUUUUACCUUUUUAAUGAAGGUGGGUGUAUCAAUACAGUCAUCUUCUGCAUUCAAAAUAUCAAAAAGUAAUUGGCAGAGCGUUUUUUUCAAAGUUAUUCUUAAGCUAAAGUUAGCCCCAAAGUGAAAGAAGGACAGUUUAUACAGGGCUUGAAAUAAUUUCUGGAGAGUCUUCAGACACAAUGACCAGCCCAAUUCAUUUUAACUCGGUCACUUGUUGUUUCUGGUUGGUCAAAUUUAUUAGAUAAAUAACUCUACUUAAAACAGGGUCCCAUGAACCAAAACUGGCAUUAUAUAUAUAUCCAAAAAAGUUGUUGCUUAGAGCUUAUAGCACUUUAAAGAACUUAUUGUCAACAAUAAAAAUAACUUACAGAGGAGAAAUGAAAAACAGCUUAUGUGUAUUAAUGGGUACACUAUCUCUAAGACUAACCCAUAACACAUACCAUUAUCAUACACAUUAAAUUUGUCUGGCGCCUCUAAAUGUAAUGAUUUCUGGAGUGUGAACCCCGAUAUAUAUGUCUGUUUCAAUGCGUGAAUUGUAAACAACAGCUAGUUCUAGUUGUGUUUCACCCAGGAUUUCAGAUCAAAGUUCCACAAUACACAGCGACUCGCCACAUACUGAUAACAACACUGUAACAACUGAACGAGUCAUGAGCGAGUCAUCGAAACGUCAUUCAAAAUUUUUAUCCUUGAUUUUUAUUCUUAAACAACUGAACAGCAUGGAAAUUGUCAUGUAUUUCAUGUAUUUCAAUACGAUCAAAUGAGACCGGUCAACAUGACUGGCAAGACAGAAGGUUAACCGGUCAACUCUCUAAUCAGUCCGGACAUUGCCGUUGACCGGCCGUUAUUUCGAUCCCUGUUACAGUUGAUAGUUUCUCCAUAACCUGGUGAGUUAUGUGCAGGUCCAACUAAAGGCAUCUUAUGUAUGUAUUGAUGUUUAUUAUCUGCAUAACUCAAUCCUAUCAUUGUACUUUUUUAGGUGUGAAACGAUAUGUAGCAGGAGCCAUAGGACCAACAAACAGGACACUGUCCAUCUCACCCAGUGUGGAAAAUCCUGGAUACAGAAAUAUCAGUGAGUCUUUAUUCAUUGUAAUUCAACCAUUUUUUGCAGCCAAAUUCACUAAAUGUGUGACCUGUGCACAAUGAUCAUCAGCCAUCAAGACUGUGCCCGAAGAAAAAUUAAGGGAAUUCCAGUGCUCUGAACCUGUGAAGUCCAGGUGCUCAGCAGAAGAUUUUUUAGCCUCCCAUGCAGGUGUUUUUAGGGGAGCUCACAUUUUGUCCGUCCCCACAAAUGCCUGCUCAACUGAAAACAACAUUCCUUUGCCAUUGUUUUAUUCGCAUGGUAAGUGACCAAUCAACCAUUUUGAAAUAAAAUGUUGGCAGGCUAAACACAACUCAUAAGCUCGUGGCAGUAAAAAAACAUGAUCCCAGAGUUACCUUUUUCCUUUUUUUCUUUCUUUAGCAAAGGUUAUGCAGUGCACAGGGUAUUCUAAAAUGUGACUAAAUCUUACUUUUGCCUCUCUAAGCCUAACAUUUACUACCUCCUGACGUUUAUUAGAGGUCAUAAUUGAAAAGCUUUCAGAGUGUUUCAUGCAGAUCGAGUUAUUAUUGGGUUACCCUGCAGACAAGGUCAACCUUUCCAGAAUUUGAAAGGUACAAUGCGAUUGGCUAAGUUUGGGAGAGGAAUGUUAUUCUCGGUUGAGCAGGUGGUUGUGGGGAGGAACGGAAAAAAACACCUGGGUGGGAGGCUAAGGAUUUCUAUGUCAAAACUGAGAUUUCCUAGUAGUGCAAAAGCCAAAGUAAUUUAAUAGGUGCCACUCUGGGGCCACCAGGUGCAGCCAUCGCUCAACCCUCACCACACACCAGUGUUUUUAUUAUUUAUGUUUUAAAUAUUUUCUAAAGUUAAAGUGAGAUCAGCUGUGAAAUAUUAUUAAUUCUAUGGACCUCUUUCACCCUGGUUGUUCAGGUAUUAAUCCUUGAAAGCAAAUGCAGCAUGCAUCUCUAACUUCAACAACAACAAGUUUAUUCUGUAUUACCAUUUGGUACAGGUGUUACCGAUUAAAAUAAUAAUAAACAGCUUAAUUUAAGGAAAUGAAGAUAUAAUGGAACGGUAGAAUUAACUAUGUUUCUUUCGUCUUUCAAAUGCUUGAAAGAUGAAAUUAGCAGCUAGCCUGCUGAUAUGUGAAUCAGUAAUGUUAAAAAGAAAACAGACUUUAUCAUGGAUAUUGUAAUUUGUAAAUAAUGUAUUUCGGUCGUUGAUUUUAAUAAAAAGAGUCUUUCUCAAAUCGUGGUAUUGAUCACAGUGAAAUAAUUAUGUGUAGUUCAUUUUCAACUGAAUUUUGGUUGUAAUGAUCACAGAUUCUAAGAUCUUCAGGAGUUUUGGGGAUUGUAAAUCUUCCAGUUUCUAUUUUUAAAUUGUGAUUUCCUAUCCUAAAUUUGGAAGCUACACGCCUAUGUUCAGGAUUCCGGAUAUGAUUGAUGAAUUCAGAGUGAUUUGUUUCAUUUUUAAAGAUGGAGUAGAAUUUUAGUUUUUUAUUAUUUUGUUCUUAUCAAAUUUAGUUGGUGGUUUUUCAGAUGUUUUGUCAGAUUAUUUUCAGCUUUGGAUAGGAAAGUAGAAGGGUUUUUAAAGUUAACUGAUUGUUUAUUAAUAUUAAGUUGUGUACUCAAAAGAUUUAUUUUAUCUGUUAGGCCUGAUUUAUUUUCUUCGGCCAUUUUAUCCGAGGUUUUUUUUACCUUAUUUCAUGUCUUUGGAGGAUUUCAUGAUUUAAGCUCACCAAAUGUUAAGCUUGGAGCACUGUAUUUUUAUACAGGAAUUUAUCAAUGUCUUUUGUUUAUACCUAAUAUAUAGCCUUUGAUGAGUUAGUGGAGGCUUACGCUGAGCAAGCCAGAGGGCUUCUAGAUGGUGGUUCUGACAUUCUCAUGGUUGAAACAAUAUUUGACACAGCAAAUGCUAAGGUUUGAAGAAACAUGUUCACUUGAUUAAAUAAUAUAUUAAUGCUAUUCGUCAAAAGUAUUUGUAUUGUUUAAUACCAGGCAACAUGUUAAUAUUACUGUGACAUUGGCCUAAAAAAACUUGGGUGUUUCAGUUACCUCUGCAGCUCUAGAAAAACCAUAGUUAGUAGACAUGACAGCAGACAAACAUCAAAGCUGAAAACAACGGUGCUAUUGGUGCUAUUAUCGGUGUUUUUUGGAAGCUCCCUGACCAUGCACAAUCCUUCGAUUUUUGUCCACAAAUUGUGACUGAAUUUAAACCUAAUGUGAUGUUUCUAUUGGUCAGUAAGUUCAAAAUGAUAGGAAUGCUAUUGAACGUUGUGCACAGUCAGGUCCAAAAAAGCUAACAAAAACGGAUAGCAAAGGAGUCUAAUGGGUUUUUAUACACACACAAAAUGUAACCAUUCCACAUUUUGUAACUAUAAUGGAAAAACAAAUGAACUUGAACUCCAGCUUAUCAUUUAAGAAAAUCUACUAGUCGUGGGUGACCAGAUAGGACUUGAUUUCAAACCCUGUGCCACAAACCUUAUUCAGCUGAAAAAAUGUUUUUAUGGUUCCAAGCAGACUGGUAAACAAAUAAUAGAAAUUAAAAUGUACAAUACAUUGUACAUUGUAAAUAGAGACAUAUCUCAACUCUAUACAUGUACUAAUAAUAAAUAUUUGUUCUGUGGUAAUUUUGUUUUGGGUAACACAUCAGUACAUAGUGUUAAUGACAUUUGAGUGAAAGUUCCCUUCCUUUGUUCUAGGCUGCAUUGUUUGCAAUUGAAAAACUCUUUGAAUCAGAGUACAAACCUGUUCCAAUAUUGGUAAGUAACAACAGUUCUCAAGCUGUGAUGUGUUAAGUUAUUAUGUUUGCAUAUCCUGUCAAUGAUCCAAAGCCAUUUGAUAUCAGAUCAACACUCACUGUUAAAUCAUCCUCAACAACAAAAUGUUGACUCAAGAAAUAUGGCUUACUGUAGAGUCAAUUUUUUACUCCUUCUGAUCAAUAGACUAAAGCUGUCCAUCCCUAGAGUUAAAAUGACAAGCCUGUACUUUACAUGCUUUACAUUACAUGUAUAUGUUGUGGUUCAAUUUUACCCAUGGUUUAAAUUUUAUUUCCCUUGGUUUUAAACUCAUUUUCAUAUGUUACCGUACCCAAAAACAAAGGGAAAUCAAAUUUAAACCAAGGGUAAAAUUGAACCACAACAUAUAUAUAUUGCAGGGCCAUCAAUAAGAACCACAAGCCAGCUAGGGGUCAGGGAAAAUAGAAUAAAAAAAUUCCUACAUUGUACAUGUAGCUGUUCAAUUCUCUUUCUAGUACUAAGUGUUAAAUGUUCAAAGGUGCAGCCCUGAUUGGCAUAUUACUUUUAUGCAUUAACCAAUAAAAAUUAAGAAGAUGCAUGGAAGAUGGGGAAAAAAAUUCCAGGGGAUGGCACUACUAGAGCUUAACAAAUCAGUGUGAUUUAUAGCUGCGAAUGAAUUGGGAGGGAAAGAAAAUUCAGUGUUGUCAUCCUGACCUGAAUGUAAAUUGAAAAGAAAUAAUUUCUUGGAAUUAUUGCACAUGUUGUCUUUUCUGCAGGUGUCUGGUACUAUUGUAGACAAGAGUGGAAGAACCCUCUCUGGUCAAACGACAGAUGCUUUUGUCAUCAGUGUGUCUCACUCAAAACCAUUAAGGUAGGAACACCGUACAUAUUGGAGAUAUUCUAUCACAAACACAAGGUCAGUGUUUGCUUGCAAAUCUAGAUAGUUUUCAAACCAAAUUCCAGCCUCUUUAUGGGUAUCUGCAGAGGUUAUUAAUUUUGUUGCGCAGUUUCAGUCAAAUCUUUGGUUUUUCAACAUUGCUGCACUUCGAGAAUUUAUUGUUUUGCAUGGUACAUGUAAUGCAACUAACAUGGCUGCCACAGGUCAGGAAAUGGUCAGGGAAAAGAGAGCGGGAAAAAUGAAAUUCAAGAUUACAUAUUUAUUCUUUUCUCUCCACUUUUAUUGUUUUUUAACAUUUAAAAUUCUUUUGUACAUUAAUUUUUAUGGACAUGAAUCACGUAUUAUUAGAAUAAAUUUUUACUUUUCAAUCUUUUUUGCCACGUUAUGCUUUGAGGAACUUUCAAAUCAUGUACACUGCAUGUUGCUUUCUGAAAACAUAAGUAAAUGGGUGGAGAGGAUGGCUCUGAGACUGGAGGGUUGAGUCCAUCUUCAGGACUUAUUUGAGAAAAAUGGUCAGGGAAAUCAGCAUUCUAGUUAAUUCUUUCAAGGAGGGGUCAUGUAGACCAUCUGAGGGAUCACCAAGACCACAUGGUAAUGUUUUUCGUUUUUUUUGUUAUAUUUAACUUAACACUUAUAUGUCAUCUCUCGGGUUAGGAAGCCUUCUUUGUCGGGUCGUUGACCCGAGAACCGUCUCUUUAUGGAACACUGGGAAAUCUUCAUUUGUCAGGGAAAAGUCAGGGAAUUUCAGAAACCUUUGGCUGUGGUAACCAUGACUAAUGAGCUCAAGGAAACAGUCAUGAUGACGACAAAGGAAAGGAGAUAAAUAAAAGAAAAAUCAAAAUACCCAUAGAGAGGCUUAAAUUUACGUGCACAAAUUCAGUGUGCUGUUGUGUGAAUUGAUCCUUUCUUUGUUGUUGACUGAACACUUUACUGUUUGCUCAACAGCAUUGGUCUCAAUUGUGCAUUAGGUGCAAAUGAAAUGCGGCCAUUCAUAGAGGCAGUGGGACUGUGUACAACAGCUUAUGUGCUCUGCUAUCCAAAUGCAGGUAAAGUACAUUAAUCCAUAACUACAUUCACAGAUCCAGUACUACAGGAGCUUUACCAUCUGUAUGCAUCAGAGCUUGAAAAACACACACUGGAAUUCCAGCUGCAAUCAGGGAGAAAAGUAGUUGACGUACUUGUCUAAAACGCCUGCUUUUAGCAAUAAUUUCAUUCAUUUAAUCAUUUACUUCUGUUUAAACGCUGUAAAUCCCACCACCCGCAAAUCAAUGUUGUUUGUGGUUCAGACCCCAAACUUUUCAAGAGCUGAACCAUGCAUUUGGUUUGGUACAUGAGAAGGUUGGUGUCUGAAUCGAAGCCUUUCCAAAGUCGAUCUAAAAUUGAAAUUCCUGGCUGGGCUAGGUGGGAAGAAUGGCCGAGCCAUUCCAAAUCGAAACGGGCAUUCCUAAUAAAAUUAUUGGUUCAGACUCUGAACUUUUCGUGUACUUGAUUCAAUGUAUUAGGUUCGGCUCAUGAAAAGAUUGGCGACUGAACCAGGCCUAAAAUGCAACAUUGAUUUUAGGGGGAGGGGGUAGACUGGACAAGCAGCUCUCAAAAUCUUUGGCUUGCCCCGGGCUAGCUAACUGCAUGCUUGUCUCAGUUAAUGACUUCAACUUAGAAGACAACUUGCCUAUAGGCCCUUGAUAUGAAAAGUUGCCUACUGGCAGGAAACUUUACUUGUCCCAGACAACUGGAUGUCCGUGACUUUUUUAAUGCCCUGGUGCAUGCCUAGUAUGUCCUUAUAUUUAGGAACUGUUGAGAUUUUAAGACAUGACUCCUAUCUAUUGCUUAAAUUUCAGGUCUACCAAACACUUUUGGAGGCUAUGAUGAAACCCCAGAAGUAACUGCGGAGCAAUUGAAAGUAAAAUAAAAUAAUUUCUUUGUCUUAUAAAGUGUUUUUUUUUCAAUACCUUAUCAGUGCCAGCAGGACAUUAGAAAAAUAAUAUUUGUUAAUAAAAUUAACACACAAUUUAGCUUCAAUUUUUUACUCUGCAAAUUGUCAGACUGCACCUUUAAAAUAAUUAUUGUGUGGUGAAAUUAUUUUUUGUCUUGGUUUGUGAGAGUGAGUGAUUAUCAUAUUUGAUUAGUGCUCUGUUUCCACAGUGUUAGAGUAUCUGGAUUUGCUCUUCAAUAACUGUCCUGCUUCAAGAAACAACAGUGUUUUCAGCGACCAGCUACUUUAUUUUUGGUGGGGAAAGGGCCCCUCCUCUUUUACGAAAGAGGGUCUAAAGUUCAAUAUAUUAAAUUUUGCAAAAGAGUUGAAAAUUCAACAGGCUAAAAAGUGCUCGAUGAAGUCUAUGUUUUAAGAAUCAACCUCGACAGUGAACCCACUAUCCCUAAACAAGUCUUGUUUGUAAAGCAAGUUUUCUUUAUUGCUGUCAGGGCACUCUUAUUGUGUUACUGUUUUUCAACAUUAGAACUCUUAUCUUGGUUGCAGAAUUUUGCGAAAGAUGGACUGGUGAACCUUGUUGGAGGUUGUUGUGGUACAACUCCUGCUCACAUUAAGUACGUAUGCAUAUUGCAUAUCCCGUUUAUCAGUAGCCAGUUCCAUGCAUGCUCUCAGUAGUUUCCUGCCUGUUAUUUUUUUUCUUGUGUGUCCAAAAGCACUGAGAACCUGUUUGGCAAAUUUGUAAGACAAGCAUGUUAAAUUCAUGGAUGCCAAAAAGGAGUUCUAAGUGACUUCUCCUCAUAUUCUAGAUGCUUGACCUUAUUUUAUUAUUUAGUCUUUGGUCCUUUGGAGAGAAUCAGUGUAAGAUUAUUUAUAAUCACUAGGAUGAAGUGAUCACAAGGUCCAUUGGUCAUGCCCACAUUGAUGGGAGCUUGGUCUGUUUAAGGAAUAUGUGCUAUGUUGUUCUGUGGCAGUCCACUUUUUAAUACUUGGUGCAAAUAAUAAAAUUGUAACCAUAUUAUUUUUUUGAAAUUCAAGAUGUUUGGUAACUUUGCCUUCUACCUUUCAGGGCCAUUGCUGAGGCUGUAAGACCGUUUAAACCACGACCAAUACCUGAAGACCACUUUGCAAAUGCAAUGAAUCUUUCAGGUUUGUUGAUUUUGAGUUUCAUCAGGUUUAUGUUCUCCUUCCCACCACCACCACCACCACCACCACCACCAUCAUCAUCAUCAUCAUCAUCAUCAUCAUCAUCAUCAUCCUCCUCCUCCUCCUCCUCCUCCUCCUCACUGGGGUCCACAGGACUUGUAGAGAAGCUACAAGGGGGUCAUGAGGGAGAAAAGAGGGUCACAAUUUUUGGAUAAAGUUAACUCAAGGUUUUCACAGGUCUGAGUUAAAGUAAGUACCUCGUACUUUCUUUGAUAGAUAAUGAUGGGUGUUUUCUAAAGAUACCAUAACCAAUUAAAUUUUGGCUUAUUUUGUAAGGAAAUGUACGUGUGUGUACAUAUUUUUACAUACUUUUUGUAAUAUGCAUUUUUUCCUUCUUUGUGCCUUGGGACUCCUUGGGUUGAUGCUACAAUGUCGUGGCCAGGUAAGAACGCUGUCAUCACCAUCAGCAUAAUCUUUGUCAUCUUCAUCAUCAUCAUUUUCAUCAUCAUCAAUGCAUCACUAUUGUUGUCACCCACCUUUAUCAUUGUCAUCAUCAUUAGCUUAUCUCUUGUACUUGUACUUGUACUUUUUUUCUAUUAGGUCUUGAGCCAGCAAGAAUCACCCCAGACACCCUGUUUGUGAAUAUUGGUGAGCGUUGUAAUGUGGCUGGGUCUAGGAGAUUUUGCAGGUUGAUCAAAGAUGGGAAGUUUGAGGUAAACACAAUUUAAGGAUUAAAAUUGACUUGUGUGGUCUCCCAUGUUAAAGGGGCAGAUCAUGUUUUUGCUAUCAUUCAGUUAUCUGUAAACUGGAGGUGUCAGUAUAAAGAUUCCCCACUCAAGAACCAUUGAGUCCCAGUUCAAAAAAUAAUAAGUCCUAAAUUGAAAAUGCUUGGGCCUUUAUGGACCAGGCAGAUAUAAAUAAGGCAUUACUCUCUUGUAAAGUACAAAGAAGACUAAAAGAAAUAUGCAUCGUUAAACAGCCACAAGAACAGCCACAGAAAUCACAUGAACAUGAUAUUGUACAAAAACAUCUUCAGAUUGAUCGAUCGGUUGAUAUUUGCGUCCCAUGAACUUUUUGUGCGUCCUUGGGGAUUUUUAUACGUCAGGGACGCAGAACGCAGAGUAUCAUUGCAGAUAGAUAAUUUAUAGGGCCCAUAUUUUCUGAAGAUUUCCAAAUGGAUUGGCACGAAAAAUAUUAACCAGAGGCAAGCCAGUUGGCCAUUAACUAGUGGUGGGGCAAGUGCCUGAACUCAGGAUCUCAGGAUUGCAAGUCCAUCACUUAAAGUGCUUGGCCAUGCUGUCUCCUUUAUUAUUCCUCCUUCUCUACCUCUUUGUUAGUGCUGCAUUACCAGUGGUGGAUCCAGGGGAGGCCCCCCCGCUCAUUCUUAGACCAAACUGGGGCAGGAAGGGCCAAAAAAUUUUUUUGUGGAGACCAAGCCCCCCCGCCUUAUCUAAGGCUCUGGAUGAGCGGGCUCCUCUCCCCCCCCCCCUCCAUGUGUGGAUCUGUCACCCCACCGGCCGUAAGGAAAACAUACCGUUAUUAGUGAGCUUAAGCAACAGCGUUUUUGAGCGACGGACGUCAACCGGAAGUGGACUUUUUGCAUCAUUGGGGAGUGGUUUGGUUGAAACUCUCGGGUAAAUCGUCUUUAAAAGAGAAAAGAAACUCAGCUAUACAAGUUUGUUAGCGUCAAGGCAUAUAAAAAGGGAGAAGGCCUCACUUCCGGUUGACGUGCAUCGCUCAAAAACGUCUUUGCUUAAGCUCCCUACUAUUGUGUGGGGGACCUGAACAAUCCCAAAUCAAUCACUUUCAAAAGCUGUUAUUUGGUUGCCUUGGAAUGAUAUAUAAUUCAACAGCUUUCCUUACCUGGAAAAUCCCAGAUUUUUUUCAUUUAUUUAUUUUUAAAGUAUUUAAAUUAAUAUUUUUUCAGGGGCACCAAAUUUUGGCAUAACUAGCUUAAAUGGAGCCCUGACACAAAAGAAAAUAAUGAAACAAGAAAACACACAUGGUCAAACAAAAAAACAAAAAUAAAGACAAAAACAUUAAAGAGACUAGCCUUAACAAGAUUAUCAAAGCAACAUGUACAAGUAUUAUUGUCUUAGAUGGCGUUUGAGCUUAAUCUUAAAUUCUAAAACAAAAAGAAAGAAAGAAAGAAAAAAGGGAGUAGUUGAGUUCAGGUUAGUCAAAUUAAGGAGGAUUUUGAAAGAAAAAAUAAUUCGAUAUAGCUCUGGAAGCGAUAAUGAUCAGCUAGUUUGAAACUGCAAGAACUGAAAGACUGUUAAUCUGAUUUUAGAGUCUUGGAAACACAGUUCCCGUCUCUUGGAAAUAUAAUAUGCUUAAAAGUUGAAACUUCUCUUUCAGGACGCACUGGCUGUUGCCAAGCUUCAGGUGGAGAAUGGAGCGCAAGUUCUGGAUAUCAACAUGGAUGAAGGCAUGUUAGAUGGAAUUUCAAGCAUGAGCAAGUUUGUUAAUUUGAUUGCCGCGGAACCUGAAAUCGCAAAGGUAAACACUCACUUCAUCCAUUUUGUGACUAAUGGUGUGCUAAGCACUUAACUUUGAUCAGAGAGAGACUGUAGUGACUUGUGAUAAACUUCUUGAUUCUCCUUCCAAUUUGUCUUGUACAUGCUGGUCAAUAAGACGGGAGAUUUUGCUAUUAUAUAACAAUGAAUUCGGAGGGUAAACAAUGAAUCUCGGAGGGUGUUAUCCGCCUUGGCCUACGGCCUCGACGUAUAACACCCUCCUCGAUCUCCAUAAUUCUUCAUAAGAUACUCAGCCUCAUUCAUUAAUUGUUAAUUAUACUUGUAGUGUAGUUAAAAAAGGUAGAGUGCUAACGUGAAGAGAAGAAGAGUUUUCUUGAAGUUAAACAUGUAGAGAGCUCACAUAUACACGUCCGUCCGCCAUGAAAGCACUUGCUACUUCUUUGAACUGUAUGUUUUGUUUCCCCAAUGUAGGUCAUGUUAUACUCUGGAGAACUGUUCCUAUCAGAUUUUGUCAGAUUCUCGUGCAUAUGUACGCAUAAUUUAUGGAAAGACAAAGGAGCAAAUUCCCCCGAGACCUUCUUAGAUCCUUUGUGAUAACUGAUUGUUAUAAAAUCCUGAAACUACUGGGGGAUAUGCCAAGUGUAUUUUUUUUUAAAACAAAAAGUGGUUUUGUUUUACGUCAUAGGUUCCUCUUUGUAUUGAUUCAUCGAACUUUGAUGUGGUAGAAGCUGGAUUGAAAUGUACGCAGGGAAAGUGCAUUGUAAAUAGCAUCAGCUUGAAAAAUGGCGAAGCUGACUUUCUAGAAAAGGCCAAGGUGAUUAAACGUUACGGAGCGGCUGUAGUUGUCAUGGCAUUUGACGAGCAAGGACAGGUGAGAUGAGACAUUGAAUCAACAAAAAGCAGCUGCUUGUGUUUUAUCUUACAGGAUUGUUGGCUUAAUUUAAAAUUAAUUAAAGAAUUCACGUCGCUCGAUGACUUGGCGAUGUUCUCGCCCUGUGUCCACGCAGGAACGGCGGGUCUAAAAUACUUUAGAUAAAUCGCGCCACCACAACCGUUCUUGUGUUUGGACAUAAGCCCUUUCCGGUAUAGUGCAAACGUAGCCUAAAGCUAUUAACACAAUACAGGAUAGGGCCAUGAAAAUCAUACCAGAUAUAGUGAUUUUGUUACAAAUAGUUAUGGUGAGUCAUGGGACUAAUCUUGUGAACAAAUUAUGAGUCCAACUCCAGACCCGUUGAGUCCCAGUUCAAAACACAAUUUCAAGUUCUAAAUUAAAAAUUCUUGGGCCUUUCUGGACCAUAAAAGAUAUUCUUUUGUAAAGCACAACGAAUAGUAAAAGAAAUAUACGUCGUUAAACAACAGCCACAAGAACAGACACCGAAAUCACACGAGCAGGAUAUUCCACAAGAACAUCUUGUGCGUCUUUGGGGACUUUUAUGCGUUGGGACGCAGGACGCAGAGGUAACGAAAUCACUGUUGAGAUAGGGCCCAUAUUUUUUGAAGAUUUCCAAAUGGAUUGGCAUGAAAAAUUUUAUUUUCUAAUUGAAAUUUCCUUUCCCCUUGGAUGAGUACCCAGUGACUGUAGUGUUACUGAAUUCCUUUCUCAUCCUUGUCCACUUGUCACUUCCAAGAAAACCAAGAGAUCAUGAUCCUAUUAUGGCUCUUGAGAAAACCUACUUGGGUAUCGAUAACAGACACCGCUUCUUUGAUUUCUUUCCAGGCGGCAGACUUAGAAGACAAGAUAAGAAUCUGCAGUCGUUCGUACCAUCUUCUGGUAUCUAAGGUAGAUUUUAACCCCAACGAUAUUAUCUUCGAUCCAAACAUUCUCACGGUGGCAACAGGAAUGGAAGAACAUAACAACUAUGGAAAGUAUUUCAUUGAAGCAACACGUGCCAUCAAGGUUAGGAAAUCAAAUUAGUGUAGUUAUUAAACUGGCCUUAAUGUACACUGUUUCCGUGUAUGCGUACGGGUUAAUUACCCGCACGCGUAGCCGUUAAUGCGAGUAAAAUUGCCUCUUAUCCCGGAGAAACGGCCAGGCUACCGGGUAGAACGAUGAUGCCAUGGAAAAACUUGGUUGCCUUCUGUGUAUAACUAUGUAACAAACAUGCAUGUUCGCCUAAGAAACAAUCUUAACGUCGGCUGUAAGUCACUACUCUAUUGUAAUCUUCUCGUGUUUUAGGCCAUCUUGUUAUUUCUAGUCUACAAAGUAAGAGAAAAAUUUAUCCACUUGUCCCCCAGACAAGCACUAUUUUAAAUUUGGUUGUCCAAAAAGUUUUGCCAGGUUUCUAAGCCAAGUGAAGCUCAUAAAAACAAAUGAAAUGGCCCCGGUAUGGCAAAGUUAAAGGUAUUAUUUACCCCUAUUUUGUCAAGCAUGAGGUUUUCUUUUAUGACUACAAGAUAAAUUUUAAGUCUACUGUAAUUUGAAGUGAUUUUUCAAAUGUUUCUGUAUUUUUUCUAAUGAAAAAUAUGCUUGUCCCACGGACAAGUCAUGUCAAAGGUUUACUUGUCCUAGUAACGAAAUUUCUACCUGUCCCGGACAAUCGGACAUAGGGUUUGGCGCGCCCUGCAAGCCAGUCUAGGACUAUUUCUCCUAUUGAAUGAUUGUGUUAGCAUUUAGUAGUUUACAAGUGGAAGCGUUGUUUUACAGGCAACGGAAUUAAUUCCUCUUGACCAUUAUGAAACUCAAAAGGGGGAGGCUAUUAAAGGGAAAGUAGUUCUCCAUGGUAAAAAAACUAGUUAAAAAGAUGAAAUGAUGAUGAUGAACUGAAUAGCAACGUGAAAAUGAAAACGAUGAACAAAACAGAAACAAAAAAAACGGAAAUAGAGCGAUUUUUUUAAACGGGUAAAAACGCGCGAGGCUUUUUGGUUGGUUCAGCGAACGUUCUAAAAACGUCAUGCCCAAGAUGAAAUGAAGGACGUCAUGAUGAUGAAUGACGAAAGCAAAGAGGCCUGAACUGAAUAAAACAAAUAUCGAACACUGUCAUACGAAAACUGCUCUAAAAGUGUCUAGCUGGCCUGGUAAGGCCUACUUAGAGGGGACACCAAUUAAAAUACCAUCAUUUGAACAGACUACUUAUAUCAGAAGAAUAUUUACAAAACAUAAAAUUUAAAAUACUAUCAACCUAACUAAUAUAAGAGAGAGUAAAAUUUACAAAAAUAUGCUUUCUCAUUUCAUAUAAAAAAAUACUAAGCAAAAAAAAUUGACUAAACGUUUUAUGACAUUUCAUAUAAGAAUAAUGCUAAGUAACUAAAAGUAAUUAAAAGGUCCGUAUUGUCUUAGACUGCAAAACAGUCCGAAUUUUUGCGUGUUUAAGAACGCGCGAGCUGUCAAACAGAAGGUCUGGAACGAGGCUGAAAACAGAGAGCGAGACUGGGGAGAGACGCGAAAAGCAAAGUUUUUUUUCUCUCGCCUCACAGGCCCAACGGGCGUGUGAUGUUCGCGCGCUUAUGACAAUUACGCCACGCUUUACCGAUUUCUUUACUGAUUUUGAGAAAAAAAAAAGCCGACUGUUUUACAGUCUACUACUGUCUCGAAAAUGUCCGUUAGCUAGAACACAAAAGCAAUUUGUCAUAGCCCUUUGUAAUUGUAUGUUGUAGAUCUACCUUUCGGAUUUUCUUCUUAAAACUGUGGAUUGAUUCGGCCUUUUUAACACCUUUACUUAAACGUUUAGCGCGGUUGUUGUAUGAAUAUAUUAAGGAAUUGGUCAGAAGAUUUAAGAUGUUUGUAAAAAUGGUAUUGCACAAAUCUGUGGUAACAGUGACCCUGAUUUAUUUUUGUUGUUUUAGCAAACUCUUCCUGGUGCGCGAGUAAGUGGUGGUCUCUCGAACUUCUCCUUCUCAUUCCGUGGAAUGGAGACAAUAAGAGAAGCAAUGCACAGUGUGUUCCUGUAUCACGCCAUCAAGGUAAGAAUGAUGCCCAAUUUAUUGUAAUUCAUCUACAAAAAUAAUCCCUUUUACUUCCAGAGUCAUGAACAGUUGAAUCCUGAUAAAUUAAGACUUCCAGGAAAGUCUGAAAGGUUUGAGGUUCCAGGUUAUGGCAACAGAUAACUAGAAGCUAGGAAACAGGCCAGUUAGUGCAAAAAAAUACGGGUUUACGGUCGUUUCACCAACGUCCUGUUCGCAAACUUUUGAAGUCGUUUCGCGUAAGAGUUGGGUCAGUUCCCUAACUGCUUUCGCUUGAUCAGUAGCUGAAAGAACGAGGUAUACACAUGCGUAUCGCGCUUUUUUGUGUCAUUGUUGAGAGAACAAAGCAUAUACAUGCGCAGCGCUCGUUUCGCUUCUUAGCGGAUCGACAUAAGACGUUUGCGAACGGGACGUGAGCGAAAGGACUCGUAGGCGAAACGACCGGUCACCGUGAUACGGCUGGUUCCGAAAGUGGGCAAGAUGAAGCGAAUCCCGUGACAGUUCUAUUAUUUGAGUUCCUUUGGUAAGACAUCAUGUCAUUAGAAGAUUCGCGAGCGAAAUGAAAAGUUAUCAGACUUUUUGCCCGCUGCGUUUUCAUGUUGUAGGUACAGAAUUGUCGUAUAAUAAAAUUAACCUUUUCUGUUUUUAGGCUGGUUUGGACAUGGCGAUUGUCAAUGCUGGUAAUCUACCAUUAUAUGAUGACAUUGAACCUAAGCUCCUUAAGUUGUGUGAAGACUUGCUUUGGAACAAGGAUCCUAAUUGUACUGAAAAGCUUCUUCAGUAUGCACAAGUAUGUGACAUUGGUAAAAAAUCAAUCUAACCUUGCUUAACAGCUACCUUCACAUGACAUCCACCAAAUACAAAGAAACGGAAAAAGGCCUUAUUCCAAGUUGGUAACACUAUAGCGCGAUUUUCGUAUGACCUUGAAAUGAAAACGCACGAACAAAACAGAAACAACAAAAAAACGGAAAUAGAGCGAUAUGAUUGGUUUAUCGAACGGGUAAAAACGCGCGAGACUUUUGGUUGGUUCAGCGAACGUUCGGGUGAAAAGACGUCAUGCCCAAGAACUUUCUAGAAAUCAACCGAUACUUCGCUUUGACGUCAUACUGCAAUACGAUUGGCCAAUCAAACACUGCCUUCUCCAUAUCAGGUUUUCUUUGGCGGGAAAGCAAAGAGGCCUUCUUUUGAUCUUUUCAUUCAUUGGCUAAUAAAACAAAUAUCGAACACUUACCAAAACAAUUUUUCAAGGUCAUACGAAAACUGCUCUAUCGUUUGUUUGGUGUAACACUGUGUUUAUAUUUGCCUCAAACAAUGACGUGUUGCGUUCUUUUUUUCUGAAUACAAAGGGACUGGGAAAAGGCGCGAAAAAGCAGGUAGUGACAGAUGAAUGGAGAAAUGGAAAUGUCGAGGAAAGGCUGGAAUAUGCUCUGGUUAAGGUAACACCGCCACUGUUUAUCAUAUACCAUGAUAAUCUUCCAUUUUGCAACCUCAGAUCCCUCACCUUUAGAUCUAAGACGAGUACGACAACGAGUACGAGAUUUUCUCAAUACUAAGUAGUGUUGCGCGCGUGAAACAGCGUCAUUUUGGCGGGAAAACGUGGUAGCCGUUGUCACUGUACUACGAGUCUUAUAGUGGAUUUCCGCUGUCGCGUAAUUUUACGUGCGUGUCCACGCACGUAAAUUUUAAUCACGUAAAUAAAUAGAGGCAAGAUGUAAAGCGUUGAUCUUAAACGUGAAGUUGAGCGAGGUUCAACUUUUACGCUUACGUGCGACCUUUCAUACGUUGCCUCUACUUUAUUUGCUAACGUAAAUUAUACGCACGUACGCACGUAAACAUUACACAACAGUGGAAAUCCACCUUUAGCGAGAAUGUCGAAGUGGCGGAAACAGGUUAUCAAAUGUUAGAAGGUUUAUCAUUCUGCGAUCGGGAGACGGCGUAACCUCCUUCACUAAAGAUAAUCAGUGCUAACUUUUCUAGUGAAAAAUGGUAAAAUGAAGCUUUCCGGGAAGUCUAUAUUUCGACGAUACGCGAAAAAACUUAAAGUCAAAUCUCGUACUCGUAGUCGUUCUCGUCGUCGAAUCUAAAGGUCUCUAUUCAUAAAUGUUCAUCUUCUUUCAGGGAAUUGACAAAUUUGUGGUUGAGGAUACAGAGGAGGCACGGGCGUGUACAGAGAGAUAUCCUCGUCCCCUGAACGUGAUUGAAGGGCCGCUAAUGAAGGUAGGCUCAGUUCCCAGUGCUGAGAAAUCAUGCUGCAAGUAAAAUAGGUAAUGGCGUCAUUUCGUUGCUCUGACAACUCCGAUGUCAUUGCAACCCUGAUCAUAACAAAUUUUCAUCUUUAUCUAAUACAACUGUGGUGUCAGUUUUUCCAAAUCUUUGUUUAUGGCGACGUAGUUUACGCUCAAACUUGGGAGGGUAUUGACCCUGAAAAACUGUAUCGAGCCACCUUAAACGUUAUCAGAACUCUGUAUUCGUCACUUUAGAAGAGAGAAGGGAACUGAAGCCGUAAUACAUCCCAUAUUUUUUUCUGGAAUCGUUUCUGGGGACGUGCGGGUCUUCUCAGUUUUGGCCCAUCUUUGCCCCUGUCCCUAGUAACAGUGGCUACAGCGUGGGUGGCGUGAUAGCUUUCUCCAGCUUCAUAUAUACCAGUAGUGAUCUUGGAUAAUCAAAUCGUUAAUUCACAUAUUUUCGCAGUCUUUUAGUUGAUCGAAUUUCUGUUCUUUUGCUACAACACGUAAGCUUUGAAUUAUUAAGUGUGCUUUUCCCCAUUCAUUGUCAAAGUUAACUUAGCUCUUAGCUUAAUUUUGAUGUGAUAAAUGGUCAGCGAUUCAGUUUUGCUGCUUGGAGAUUAUUCUUCUUAACAAUCAAACGGAAUGUAAGACUGGGCAUUAAUUUGAGCUUUAUUCAUUUUCAGGGCAUGGGUAUUGUUGGAGAUCUGUUUGGUGCUGGAAAAAUGUUUUUACCACAGGUGAGCUGGCCUGCCUGCCUGCCGAUGUUUCCUGUUUCCUUAUGUAUUUCCACAUGAUCGUCUCGAACGAUUGAGUAGCCUACCAUUACAGCCGCUUCUUAUUGCUUUCCUCCUCCUGGGACGUUUUGCACGGGUCCCUAGGGGCUGUAGUUACAGGCUAGCGAUCAAGAUGGUCCCGGCUAUUAUGUUGAAACUAGACUUACAUAGAAUACCGUGUUAAAUGUACGACGAAAGAAAGUGCUUAUCUUAGGAGUGUGCGACCCCCAUUUGCCCGUAGAAAACUGGAGAUUCUUGCCUGAGAUAUCUUCUCAGUUUGUCCUAACAUUGAAUAAAAGGAAUUUUGUUUUUGUGGGGAGAACAAAAUUGGAAUUCUAUUUGAGCACGUUUAUAAGAUCAGUUACAAUGCCAGACAAAAUAGUUGAAACACUUGGUCGAUUUCCCCGCUUCCCCGUUGACAAAGUUAAAAAUCGCUUAAGCUUUCCCAAACUGCGCUUUUCAACAACAUAGCACGGGUUCGAGGAGACUGCACUGCGCAUGCCCCCAAUAGGAAGCGUUACAAGUUUUUUUGACGGGAAUUGUAGAUUUUUCAAAACGAAAAGAGCUUCUGGCAAUGAAAUCCCGAUGUAAUGUGGUCAAAUAUCCUUUUACGCUGUUAGUAAUUUAACGUACCAACCUCAAAUGAAGCUACUCAGCAGUAGUGCGUUCUUUGAUGUUUCACUCUCUGUUAAUACAUAAAGUGAUACAAUGUUUGUAUGCUCGUUACCUAGGUGAUAAAAUCUGCUCGUGUCAUGAAAAAAGCUGUUGGAUAUCUCAUUCCCUUCAUGGAGAAGGAACGGGAAGAAAGACUAGCUCAGAUGAACGGCGAGGGUAAUACUGUGGAGGAUUCACUUGCUGUAAGUGAGAAAGUGAAAUUUUGUUCAAAUGGACAUAGUCAGCUUUGGGACCGCGCUGACCGCGGGAAAACAUAAAACGGCUGCCAAGCGCGGGAGAACAUACAUUUGCGAGUGCUGGAAGCCUGGAAAAAUGCGCGGGAAACUGAAACAUGUAACCGAUAACGGGGAGUCAUGUAGUCGGUGCUAAAACAGCCAUGCAGUCAUUGUCAAAGCGAAUAUAGUUAGGGAACCAAUUUGUCUUGAUCGUUUUUGUUUGUUUUGUUGUUGUUGUUUUCUUUUUCCGGAGUGACAAAAAAUAGAAUCCAUUUAUGGCUAAGGAGCCACGCAGCUUUAAAAGAAACCUGUAUUUUGAUUUGCCUUCGAAAACAUACCUGCUAUUUCUUUAGAUAAACGGCUCGGGACAUUGCUUGUUCGGUCAUUCGUCUAUUGUUUCGUUGUCUAAUUAAACAACUCCUUCUUGGAGCUUUAAAGCGCCCCGUAGUGGAUAUGAGAGUUGAUGAUGGUCAUAAAUAUGACAAAAUGCUGUUACUGCCUGAGAACAACCGUACCACUGUACAGAAAAUAUUAGGCAAGCUUCAAGGGGAAUAUUAAUGUGUAGGCCAUGCCAAUAGCUCACAAACCUUAAUUUGGUGCUCAAUGAGAGGAUGUGCGCUCGUUUCAAACAACUUGGGGAGAAUGCGCAAUAGUGACUUUGCGCCGGAAAAUUUGCAGCAGUAAAACCAAGAUAUCGUGUGUGUGCCGUAAGUCAGUAUUUUCUGUCUGACUGAUUUAAGUCAGCUCUACAAUUUUAUUGAACUAUUACGUAUUUGGCAGGCAAGCUGUGGUCGAAUGAUCUUUAAAGUAAAUGUAUGAAUUUCCAUUUCAGAGCCGUUACAAUGGAACAAUAGUUUUAGCCACAGUGAAGGGAGAUGUACACGACAUUGGCAAGAAUAUCGUUGGGGUUGUGUUGGGUUGCAAUAACUACAGGUAUUGUAAUUUGGUUUGUAAUUCGUUGACCCACGAAACACUUCCGGGUUCUAAAAAACUGGUUCGUUUUCGCUUAUUCGUGCGUUCCUGAUAGACUUGGAAUUUUGCAGUGGUAGUUCUUUCGUCGAGGGGAAACCCGAGCUACCCAAAGAAUGAACCCUUCUGAGCAAGGAUGAGAACCAAGAACAAUAAAUUCAAUGCACGUAUUGACGUUGCCUUGGAGAUUCGAAUCCAGGCCACAUUAGGUGGCAAGUGAGAUGCUCUUACCACUUCACCAUCUUCGGAUAGCCCACGUUCGAUGACUCCGAGUCUUUACGGACGACUCCAUUGUUUUGCAAUUCCCAGAAGAGACUUGAGCAUAAAGAAAACCAUUCCAAAUAUAGAAAUAUAACCAGAAAGCCUCGGAGUCAUGUUAGAAUGUUAACAUAUCGAGCGCAACGUUCCCAGAGUCCUCUCCAACUCGCGCUCCGAGAGACGAGUAGGAGAGGACCCUGAGAUCGAGGUUGAAGAGAGCGUUGUUCAAAGCAGAAUGGAGUUCUUCUUUUUGCAACGAUUAUCACAACAUACAGGAGCGGUUCCAGAAGAGGGCACAAGACGUAGAACCCCAGUAACUCUGACUCUAACCUGUGAAAGGUCGAGUUAGCGGGGAAUUCGAGUAAUCGUGGUAAAUUUCAGUGAAAUUUUGGUCAAGGGAAAGGAAAUUUAGGUCGAGUUGGGGGGGGGAUUAGAGUUAACCGAGUUCGAGCUAUCGAGGUUCUACUGUAGUUGCUUAUUGGUCGCAGAACUCUGAGAGCAUCUGUAUCCUAAUAUUGAGGCUCUAGAAGACAGGUUUUACUCAGAGAUCCAAAGGGGACGUGGCGGACCCCUAUGCCCCUUUAAAUCCGCCCUUGACUUAUGAGUGCGAAACCUGUUUAGUUCAGUUGUGUUACACUACGCAACGUCUCAUGAAACUUGUUUCGCAAUUGCGCUAUAAAAUCGCUGAAGCCGUUACAUUGAACAUUUGCCCAGUGUAACGAGCUCUCUCAUUGGGUGUUUUUGUCUUUGCAGAGUGAUCGAUCUUGGUGUAAUGACUCCAUGCGAGAAGAUUCUACAGACUGCUAUUGCCGAAAAGGCUGACAUUAUUGGCUUAUCCGGAUUAAUUACACCGUCUUUAGAUGAAAUGAUUCACGUCGCUAAAGAAAUGGAAAGACAGGGACUAAAGAUUCCGCUCCUCAUCGGAGGUGCCACGACAUCAAGGUAUUUACAAGUAAAAAUUCCCAACCUGGUACACUUUUCUCGCCUUAAUGUAGAAUAAACUUCGAUAACGCUGUCCUCUGGCUAAGGGGUAACCAGGCCCCAGUUGUUAAAAAUGUUGGAUAACGCUAUCCAUGGGAUAAAUCUCUUUCCACUGGAUAGCGCAGUUGGUUUCCCUUAUACUUAUCCACUGGAUAUUAAUUUACCGGUGGAUAGGGUUAUCCAUCUUUUGAACAACCGGGGCCAGAUCCAAAAAUCCUUCGUCAACAAUAGAUUUAUCCAGAUUUAUCAGUGGUUUCUUGGUUUGGCGGACGGCCUCCAUCACGAAAUGACUUACUGCAAAGAUUGAAAAGGCACUGACAGGAGCCCAUAACCCGGAGCGAGCAACUCCUAUACUAAGCCUAUCUCACGGCGUUUUUAAGGACCAGUUUAUUUUUACACACAUGUAAGCGAACUUUUCCCCGCGAAAAUAGAAUCUCCACCAUGUUUAUGAGCGCAUUCGAAGAUAUCAAAAAGGAAACUAAACGUUAUGAAAAGGCAAAAAAUAUCAUUUUAGGUCUGUAGGUUUUGCUGACUAGUUUGUGGAAUUUGAAAGAUAUUCAAAAUUUGCACCAAAACCGUUCUAAAAAUAAACUGGUCCGUGAUAACGCCGUGACACGAGCACAUGAAAGUUGCUCGCUCCGGGUUAUGGGCUCCUCGCAUUGAACAAUGCCUACACUACAAAACAAAAGGAAACAACAAUACUUUCCGCAACAUCAAGAAACACCCGAGUUAUCCAUUGGGAUCUCCGUUUCAAAAAACCAAAAACACAAUACCAAAAAAUACUUGUCUUAUUUAUUUGUUUGUAUAAUAUCAGGACUCACACAGCUGUGAAGAUUGCCCCACGUUACAGCGAACCAACGGUCCACGUGUUAGACGCCUCAAAGAGCGUAGUAGUGGUAAGAGAACAGUUGUUUUUUACUCAUUUCAUCAAAGACUAUAACGUGAAGGGUGCGCGAGUGGAGAGGAAUUUUCCUUUCCUUCCUCUCGCGCGCGCCUUUCGCGUGUACGUGCGCCAAAUUCCCCCUGUUUCCUUCUGCUUUGCAGGAUAUUUCAUGUCGUGUUACCAUAUUUGGUAUAAAUUUAAUGUGCCAUUACUCAUGUUUGCUAAAGGGGUUUUAAACGUUUUUUACGCUUUGUGCCGAGUAAAACUCAAGCCUUAUAAUAAACUGUCCUAUUUCAUCGUAGUGCUCCGCUUUAAUAGACGAGAAUUCAAAAGAAGAUUUUGUAGAUGAAGUAAAAGAAGAAUACGAAGAAAUCCGGGAUGAGCAUUACGAUUCUUUGAAGGUUAGAAAGUUUCUUUUUCCAUUUGGUGGAAAACGCUUUUUCAUUCCGGCAUACCACAAUUGCAUUGAAAACGUGCAAUCACGAAGAGGCUGCCAAGGCUAGGGUGAGCGGGGUUUGGAAGGACAGAAAACGUGGAACCUAACGAGUAUGAAGCGUGGAGAAAUACGUGCUGUCACCUACGCCAUUUCCGAGCGUCAGGACGAGCGACAGUACAUUUGAAACCGCUUAAAAGCGCGGGAAAAAUGCAUGCCAGCGCGGGAAAUCGUGCAGCCGGCGCCAAGCCUGCAACAGGUAUGAAAGACGGGACAAUUUACUGCGUGACGUUAUGAUCUGAAAACAUGCUAGUGGUUUAAGCGCCGGAAAACGGAAGACUGUUGAUUUUUUUUGUGUGUGUUUUUUUUACAGGAUCGUAAAUACCUAUCUCUGGAGAAAUCACGUUUAAAGAAAGCGAACUUGGAUUGGAUUGACUUCAAACCAGGUAGAAAAGAAGCGUUUUUGUAGUUCUUUUUCCUUUUGCAGCCUGUAGUAUUCUAACAGCCUUUUCUGUGUUUUGAGGAUCAGAAAGGGAUCCAACGACAGCCCUUGGCCUUUCAAAACAACCUUUUUGAUAGUACUUUCCAGUGGUACUGUUAUUAUUACACUGUUCUGUUUUGGUUUUGCCGGGAAGGGGGAGGUGGGGGGAUAGUGUUAAAGUAAGAAACCCGUAAGAAAUUGUCAGAGUGUCCCACAAUUCCCAAAAUUGUCUUCGAUAUAACCCAUAUUGGAAGAGCAGAGUAUAAUUCGGCGCUUCAUUUAUUUCAGAGUGUAUCUGCUGUAUACCGUUAAUCUGCUUAUUAUGCUAUAAAAUGUGAUUCUGAUUUUUGAGUCUUUAGGGACUGGUCAAAAAGUAUAGGGGAGCGGGGCGGGGGGCGGAGCAUUUGGAAAUGUAGUUGAUAAAAAACACAUGACCCACCCCCUCCCUUCGGCACAAAAAUGACUGACCCACCCCUAAAGCAAGGUUGGAAAUUGCAUGACCCACCCCCUAGUUAAAAUAUGGAUGUUUGGUUUCCUUUAAGGCCAUCCCCUUUUCUUUCUGCGUUUACCGUCGAAUGCGUUUCCUGAUAUUGGGUCGGUAGGUAGGAUUGAAAAGAAAAACCUAAAAAAAAAUCACAAGAAGUCUCGGAAUAGUAGGCCCUGGUACCCCGGGACGAUGUUAAAAGUUAACAUUCACAUAUUUGGAUUAACAAAAUGUACAAUAUACUGUGAAAAAUGUUCAUGUUUUUGUUCCUGUUUUUCUCUAUGCUGUUACUAUGCUCAUUUUUCAGAUUAAAAGAAUUAUUUGAAGUGAAAAAUGGUGUAACUACGUCGUUAGUUUUUUUUUUUUGAAAAUGCCAAAAAUUUGGGUCGGUCGGACGAAGGUAAGCGGAGAAAGAAAAAGAGGAUGGCCUAACCUUGUUCUGUGCUUGACAAAAUUUGUUAAUACACUGCUACAACCAAUAUCAAAAUCACAGAAAUCAUACUUUUCACUGAAAAGACAAAUGUGAAAAACCUAACAUUCUUGUUUCUAGGGACGUUAUGAGUCUUGACACAAAUAUACAGCAAAACGAGGGUAUAUUGAAAUUGUCUGUCACAAAGCAUAUGAAAAUUUCUACAAAGACAACCCAUUCCUACACAUUACUUGCCGGAAGUUCUUAGAUUAAUCCUCAAAAAAAAUUUCUUCCACUUCAAUGGAAAGCACUACCCAGAAAACCAUGGAACUGCAAUGGGUACAAAGACAGUAGUUUUGAUUCCUUUGCCAAUAUUUUCAUGACAUAUAUUGAAAAAACAACUCUAAGCAAAACUGUCUUUAGAACAACAGUUUGGAAAUGCUACAUACACGAUAUCUUUUCCCUAUGGGACAUGAGUAAACCAGACAUCGAAGCCUUCAUUGAACAAGAAAACUUACAUCACCCAACUAUUAAAUUCACUGCCGAAAAAUUUGACACUGAGAUGCAGCGUUUUUAGACACGGUUGUAUACAAAGGCACAAGAUUCAAGAAAAUAUCUAUCCUUGAUGCAAAGACACAUUUUAAACAAACAGAAACCUUCUUGCACACACAUUUCACCUCGUGUCACCCUCCAAGUGUAAAAAAAGGAUUUGUCAAAGGAGAAGCCUUGAGAAUCCUACGAAAAAACUCCUCAGAAACAACCUUUGAGGAAAAAUUUAAAAAAAAGGCUUGAUGGACGAAGGCUACCCACAAACUUUGAUAGAAGACCUACUAUCAGAAAUAAAAUUCACAAAAACGAGUCUAAACUCCGAAAACAAAACAUACAAGGAGGAAAAAGAAAUAUUGCCAUUUGUGACACAAUACCAACCCUCAGUGUCUACUAUAAAGGAAGCUUGAAUAAUAAAAAUGGAAUCUUAGACAAAACCAACCAUAACUUCAAUAAAUUUUUAAGGAACCACCAAUCACUUCCUUACAAAAAAGGAAAAUCAUUAAAGGACAUGCUCGUUAGAGCCAAAAAAAAAAAAAAAGAAUAACAAAGGGUUUCACGCCCGUAUAGAUGCAUCUGCGGCCUGUCACCCGUUGCAUUUUCUCGCACAACAGGUUUGUGAGUAUUUUAGCAAUAACUCCAGCUGGCUGUGUUUUAUAUAACAAGUGUGGUCAACUGUCUCGUUAGUAGUUAGUGCCUAUCUAUAAAAUAAAAUAGGGUGACCCACCCCCUAAGGGUAGCUGAAAAUUGCACGACCCACCCCUUGCACAAGGCUCAAAACCUCAUGACCCACCCCCUCUCUGCUCCGGCCCACCCCCGCCUAUACUUUUUGACCAGUCCCUUAGAGAAAAUUCUGAAGUGCGACCAUUCAAGUGAAAACAACUGAGCAGUACUUUCCUGUAGUACUGUUAAUUGUUCGUUACGAGGGAGUGCUAACUUUUGAUUGUUAGGGUAAAAUCCUAAACGGCAAAAGGUUCUCGUACACUUUGAGUGUUAUCAGUAAAUCCAUUUUGUACUGCUUUUCAGUUCGUCCGUCGUUCUUGGGUUCGAAAGUGAUAGAUGACUGUGAACUGAGUGAGCUCAUUCCUUACAUUGACUGGAAGCCUUUCUUCGAUGUAUGGCAGCUGAGAGGAAAAUAUCCCAACAGGGGAUAUCCAAAAAUCUUUCAAGACAAGACAGUCGGUAAGCACACACCCGACCCUGACUACGUGUCCUGCUUAUUCUACGGUGAUUAAGAAGUUUCUUUUGCAAGAAUGUACAAGUAAAGUCACGCGGCUACUACAGUCUACCGCGGUACAACCGUGCAAGGGGUGGGAUGUAGGAUUUGCACCCCUUCCUCACCCCGUUGGGGGCGGGAAAGCGGUGCUACUGUGAAUCUUCUGAUCGUAGGGAGCUUAAGCAACAACAACGGCAACGGCAGCGAAAACGUCACUAAGAAAGCGGGCUUCGUGCUAUUUCAAACUUUUUUUCUCUUGUUCCAUUUCAUACAAUUUUUUUAAUGUUGGGGAAUUCUUAUAGAGUGGAUUCUGAAGGACUGUAUUUUUAGACGUUCACAAGAAGAAAAAGAACAUCUUUUUUUUUGUGUUCACGUCCUCCAUGAAACGUGAAACUAUGAAGUUUCACGUCGUAGUUGUGCAACGACGGUAAAGAAAUGCACUAAAAAGCGUGAUGAACGUGCAGGCUUGUUCCAAUCUAAACGUACUCCAUUUUUGCCGUUCUCGUUGUCGUCGCCUUCGUCGUUGCUUAAGCUCCCUAAUAUCUAGAUGACGAGCUGGGUGUAGCCUGCGAAAACAUCCGUUUCUCCUCGCUCUUCGUCGCUGGGGACGUUUCGCGCGGAGGAACGUCUGCGACUCAGCGACAGAAAUUCCAUACUGAUGACGCAAAUCAAUGUUUACAUAAUAAAUCCGGUAGUCAUGGGGUUCCAAAUAUAAAUUUGUCUAAUUUUGCGUGUCUUCUGGUCGAUUUUGGUAAAGUGUUGUGUUGAUCUGCCCACGAGCUCCAGCAAAACUCAAAUGCUUCUUCUAGAGAAGACUAUAUUCCACAAAUAUUAACUGUUUUGUUAGAGAUUCUUUGCGUUUACAUUUGACCUUUGUGGCCUUUUGUCUUUUGUCUGUCAUUCACAAACAAUAGCUAAAACAAUGUAACUGCUGCGUCGACCAAUCAGCGCUUCUGACCGGAUUCCGGACAGAUUUUACGUCAUCAGUAUGGAAUUUCUGUCGCUGAGUCGCAGACGUUCCUCCGCGCGAAACGUCCCCAGCGGCAAAGAGCGAGGAGAAACGGUUGUUUUCGCAGGCUAAGCUGGGUGCGACUAGCCUUGUAAAACGCUUCGCUUAAAUUGUGGUGGGAGCAUUUUGCACGUACAGAGUACGCAAAACUCGCUUUUUUGAUAAAUUUGGGUCGAUGACGGUGACCUUAAUGUUCGUCACCAUAGCAAGUCAAUGCCGCCAAGCUAUGCCGAAAUGCGUCGACGGAGUGAACUUAACAGGCAGUGAUGACGGGGUGUGUCGUCAAGGAUCGUCCGAAAAAGUUUAAUAAAAAAUUAUGUUAGAAGGCCCAUUUAUUACUUGUCCAAGAGAAAGUAUCCUUCUUGUUAUUGAAACAGGCAGUGAAGCGAAAAAACUAUUCAACGAUGCUGAAAGCAUGUUGGAGAAGAUCACUAAAACCAAAUCUCUAUGGCCAGUCGGAGUGGUUGCUUUCUAUCCUGCCAAUAGCGUCGGUGAUGAUAUCCACGUGUUUGAGGAUGAUGAUGCUAGGAAGGAAUCACCACGUGCCGUGUUCUAUGGCUUGAGGCAACAGGUUAGCGAACAAUGUCAGACGCUGGUAUCCGUUAUUUCAAGUAUAAAUGGUACAAUAUGAAUAAGUCUUGAAGAUUAGAUAUCACCUCUUUGUAUUUUGUUCGUGUUGAAUUUCGGCCAUUUCGAAUAACUUAGACGUGGUGCUAUUGCUAGCGUAAAAUUGUCCACCAGUGUAGAGUCCUAUACUAAGGGUAAUUCACAGUGGACAACGUUUCGUACUGUUUGACAACACCCGGGGAAUAUUGCCUUUUGAUUCUGUUUUUUUGCCUUUAGCUGUUUAAGGUUUGCACGCGAGUUUUCUCUUUUGCGGCGUUUCGACCUUGCGACCAGUUUAAACGAGUUACUAAGCUACGUUUGCCGUUGACUCUCACCUUGUAUGACAGAGCUUGGUAAAAGCAGAAAUUUGUAUCGCUUAAAUCAGCUGAGGUUUUUUCGGACUCUGUCAACUUAUCCCCGAAGACGCAUCUAACGAAGGUAAAGUUUCUACGGAUAAGGUGACUGUUCAAGCUUUUAUUUUCAGGCCGAGAAGGAGCCUGGUGUCGAGGAUCCAUACUAUUGCCUGUCAGACUUUGUAGCACCGCUGGAUACAAAUGUCAAGGACUACAUCGGCUGCUUCGCUGUUUCGGUCAUGGGAGCCGAGGAAAUGGCCAAAAAGUAAGAAGAAGUAAUUUACCAAGAAUGUUGAUGUUUAGUAGACGGUACUUGGAAAACAUUGUAAGGAAAUGUAACUACUUCGAUCCGAUAUUCCCUUGAAUUACAACUUGAAGUAAACAUUCUCCUUUCACAGAUUUGAUGAGGAAAUGGAUGAUUACAGUGUCAUAAUGGUUAAAGCUCUUGCAGACCGCUUAGCAGAGGUUCGUAAUCAGUAAAUCGUCGUACAUUGUUUCAUCUCAAUGUCUUUUAUAAACUGAAACAUGUGACAUGUGUAUUGUUUUGUUCGUACCAGGCUUUCGCCGAACAACUCCACGAACGCGUUCGCAAAGAGUUGUGGGGUUAUUGCAGCGAUGAAUUACUGGAUGCUAAAGAUAUGCAUAGGAUCAAGUAUCAGGUGGGUUUGAUUACAACAUCUCUUAUUUCUCUAAGACAAAAGAGUUUUUACUUCUAUUCCUAAGGUGGCCGAGUUUUUCCAUAUUAUUUUUCAGCACUUAAAAGUUUUUCAAUGGCAGAUGCAACGAAAAUGUUCCCAAAUGAAUGCUUAGUUGCUAGGGAACAAGAAAUAUUUGUCAUCUUCCGUAGCAACGGGACCACCUUUUUUAUGACCGUUUAUUUAAUUUCAUCUUCUAAUAACUCGAAAACGAGCACAGCUUGAUCAGUUUGAACUUUCUGCAAAACUGAAAAAAUCUUUGGAGAGAGUAACAGAACUUCCUUUAAAUUUCCACGAGUUAAUAUUGCCUCUAAAGUGUCGGGGGCUCAAUUUCGAUUUGCGAUCGAAAUAUCCCUCUCUUUUGCUAGGGCAUUCGACCUGCUCCAGGUUAUCCGAGUCAACCAGACCACACAGAGAAACUCACGAUGUGGGAGUUGAUGAACUGCGAGAAACUCAGUGGAAUCAAGUUAACAGAAUCGCUCGCCAUGGACCCUGCCGCUUCUGUGUCCGCCGUCUUCUUUGCUCAUCCUAAAGCUGUUUACUUCUCCGUAGGAAAAAUCUGCGAGGAUCAGGUAUGACAUUACAACGUUAGAUCUUGUUUUGUGUAUUUUACAGUUAGUGAGUAGUCUGAGUAAGGAGAAUAUAAAUGAUAGUGUUGGCGUUGAUUUUUGGGAUCAUUUUACUUUUCUGGGAAACUGCCCACCUACCCCUCCCCAAAGCCAACAUUGUUACUUACUUCUCACUUAGGGAAAAAUGCUGGCUUAGGGGAGGGGUAGGAAGGCAGUUUCUCAGAAACGUAAAAUGAUCCAACUUAUGUAGAUCCGCAAAAGGGGGGGGGGAGGGGAGAAAAACAGCGAAAGGGGAAAAGGAGGGAGAGCGUCCCUUCUCUCUUUCUCUCUCCAACCCCUUUUUUCGUCUGCCACAUAGGCUCCGCUGUAUUUUGUCCCGUAGCCCCAGUUUUUGCCUGGCUUGUCGGCAAAUAACCAUUCAAUUAAGCCUGUCAAUUACGAAGACCAGGACGUGUAAUAGCUAAUGUAGCCUUAGGCUUUCUCGUCUGUAGAUCUAGGCUUUUUAAUGUAGAGUGAUGUGACUAUAUUCAAGUCAAAUCUCUGACUCUGGCAGUAGGUUCACCUGGUAUUCCUAUUUUCCCGUAUUUUAGAAGGUGAAAUUUAGAAGUCUUCUUCAAUCGAUUAAGUUUUGAGUUCUCUGUUGACAUGUAUUUGAUGCAUGAGGAAUUUUAGAGAAGUUAUUUUCUAACGCUUUGGUCCUUUUCUGCGUCGCUUCCAGGUCAAAGAUUACGCGAAGAGAAAAGAAAUGCCGGUUGAAGAAAUAGAAAGAUGGCUCUCGCCUAUUCUAUCUUACGACAGAGAUUGAACUGCCAGAAGCGAGGAAAUCUCUUAAAUCUCUUUUUAUGCUGUUCAUCAACUCCAGUCGCAGAAGACGGGUGUUGAUCUUGUGCAGACGAUCUUCAGGAUUGUGCGAAGAUUUUAUCAGUGGAUCUUUGAUACGUUUGUUGUUGUGGAUUGCACAACUUGUCAUUUGAUCUCUUGACGAAAUAUUUAAAUGAUGUAUUUUUUAACACUAAGGGCUUGGAAAAACCGGAUUGUUUGUGAUAUUCGCAGAAACUCUAACGUAUUUAUCAGUGUUAUCGGGCCAGAAUACAAGACUUGCUGAGAAGAGCCGUUUAACACAACGUAGGGGACGGGAUAUCGUCUUGUGGUAAAUUUUGAUCACCAAUGUUCUUUGCUCUUCUUCUGAUAAGAAAUACGUAAUAUAUUCAAAUACGAUAUUUAUAUUUUAUUUUAAAAAUACUUGUGACGUUUGGUCGCUGUAAGAGCGUGUUUUCAAUCGAACUGUCACUCUGGAGCCUGACCAAUCACAAUAAACCCGCACAACCCAACGAACCAAUCAGAGCUCGAGGUGAAGACAUGUUGAGGGCGCUGAGGCCGGGAAAGCCAGUGUUUCCGGUUUAACACCUGAUUUGCUGAGGAAGUGGCGGGGAUAUUUUAACCAAUAGAAUGACGUAAAAUUUCAGAACCACCAAAUGUGCGAUUAACUUCAGACAGGGUUAAAACUUUUCUGUCUGCAGACCGGCUAAAUCGUUCCGCGCAAUUAGAUGAUUUAAAAGAAAAUCUGAUAUGCGUUUUACAGGGUUUUAUAUGUACCGGUAAUGGCGUUGUUUCAAUUCGUUGUAAAUGGUAUACUUAAUACACAGACCGUUAGUGAUUAAAACAAUGUAUAAAUUCGGUAAAGUUGACCAGUUGAUUUUGCAUCGGAAGCUACCACAUUAUUUGUCGACGAUUUGUAUUUCCUCUUUGCUGACAGUCCCUUUAGGAAUUUCUUUAACCCUAUAUCGAUCCAUGUAAGGCCCUUUCAAACGUCGAGCCACUGUUGUGCCGAACUCAAUUGAUGGAAUUAAAUUCGACUUUAGCACGGCAAUACCGCGACGUUUGAAAACAAGUCGUGCUACUUCCUUUCGGUUCCGAACUCAAUUCAUAAGUUAUAAAUACAUUAGAAC